AACCAACUAUUCCAACCUAGAUUGAGUCCUAGAUGGAAUUGGUUGACAUAGUAAGUGAUGAAAUGGGAAAAGACUACCGUCACCGCCCUCUUUCCGCUGUGCUUUGGACUUGUCCAGAACAAGAAGUGACACGUUUCAACCCCGUGUAAAUACCGGUAUACUGACAAAUACGAAAUCCACCUUGGAAUUAUUCUAGUCCUGUUCCUGAAGCUUCUAGUGCAUAUCCAAUGAUAUAAAUAACAGGUACCUUUUCGGGCCUAGAGUGUAAUAAGAGGGGUUGUCCUCCAUCUGCUCCAAUUCCGAUUACAACAUUUAAACCAUCGAUUGCAACAUCGCAAAUAGUCUUUUCACCUACCAUAACUCCUAAAACACCAUACUUCCAUAUUCACUCAAUAAUCAUGGCACCUUUUGGCAAGAUUUACUCCUACCCGGGAAACCCCCGUGUCGAACGGGCUCAAGUUGUGGCUGCUUUCAAUGGCCUCGAGGUACCCUUAACUGAGGGCUUCAAGAUGAUGGUAGACAACAAGACCCCCGAAUUCUUGGCCAAGUUCCCCAUGGGAAAAGUCCCAGCUCUAGAGUGUGCCGACGGCUUCUGCAUCGCCGAGAGCGGUGCCAUCUGCUACUACCUUGCGCGUUCGGGGCCCAAGAAGGAUCAACUGCUCGGCAAUGAUCCCAAGACCCAGGCUCUUAUCGACCAAUGGGUUUUCUUAGCCGAGACAGAUUUAAUCCAAGACGUCAUCCCGCCCGCAGCCAUGGUGCUCUACAAGGUAUACGCUUGGGACGAAGAGCGCUACAACAAAUCUGUGGAAGCCACCGUGCGCGUUCUGAGGCGUAUCGAGACCGCUCUCCAAGACGGGCAGAAGUACCUUGUCGGCGACAACGUCACUCUUGCCGAUAUCAUGAUAGCGGGCUGUGUGUUCUUCGCCUCCAGGUUCCUCAUCGACGCCGAGAUGCGCAAGGAAAUUCCCAACGUCGUUGCCUGGGCGCAGCGACUAGCAGCCCUCCCCGAGUUCAAGCCCUUGGGCGAGUUCAACAUGCUAGAGACUCGUGUCAAGCCAUGAAAGACUUGUUAAGAUAGCGGGGAACAUAUCCACUGCUAUCUUAGGUUAGGGUAUCUAUGAAGGCAAACUAUGGGCAUCACGAAAAGCUUUAGGAGGCAUUGAAAUAUCAAUAAGGAUAAAGUCGAGUCAAGCCCGAAGGUCUGAUAGUAUCGCAGCAUGGCAUGUCCAUGUCAAUUGCUCGGAUCAUGGUUUGGGGGUGGAAGGUAUCGGUAAAAUCAAGAUAGUUUCAUAUCAACCUACCAAUGCAAUAAUUUCGGCCCAUAUGCAAUCCUCUCUUUAGACCAUUUCAGUCUGAC